AUGACUCACCGACGCGAAUCAUCGGUCCAUGAAGUUAAGGAAACCCUAGACGCUACGGUCACUGAAACAAAAGAAGGCGAACGUUGUUUAAACAACUAUAUCCUGAAAGACGUUAUUGGUCAGGGUGCUUAUGGAACGGUCACCUUAGCUAUAGACAAGUACACUGGAGAAAAAUUUGCUAUUAAAGAAUUUAGUAAAGCUCGACUUCGUAAAAAAACUAAAUCUAACGUCUUUCGUCGUCCGCGUGGACGCGGUCGUGGGCGUUUUGGUAGAGCUAUUGAAAAUCCUGAUCCAUCAUCAUCGGACCCCCUUCUUUUAAUUCGUGGCGAAGUUGCAGUCUUGAAAAAAUUAAGUCAUCAAAAUGUGGUCAAAUUGUUCGAAGUGUUGGAUGAUGAACAGGAUUCUUUAUAUAUGGUUUUCGAAAUUUGUGAAAAAGGUGUUCUUAUGGAUAUCAGCAUUCAGAAGGCAACGACGCCAUUUCCUAACGAAGUUGCUAGACGUUAUUUUAGACAAAUGAUACUUGGAUUCGAAUAUUUACAUGAACAUGACAUUGUUCAUCGCGAUAUCAAGCCCGAUAAUCUUCUCUUGUCUGCAGAAGGUGUCCUCAAGAUUGUAGAUUUUGGUGUAUCUGAGAUGUUUACUCAAGGGAAUGAUAAAAUGAAAAAAUCUGCUGGUAGUCCAGCUUUUAUGGCACCGGAAUUAUGCGUGGCCAAUCGCGGUGAAAUUUCCGGAAAGGCUGCAGAUAUUUGGUCUAUGGGUGUGACUUUGUAUUGUCUUAUUUUUGGACGUUUGCCUUUCGUGAAAGAUAACGUAGUUGACUUAUUUGAAUCGAUAAAAAAUGACGACAUUACUAUUCCAGAAGGUUCGAAUCCAGAUCCAGACGUUGUGGAUCUUCUUCAUAAAGUUCUCGAAAAAAAUCCAGAGGAAAGAAUUAUUAUGGCCGAACUAAGAAAACAUCCAUGGGUAACUAAUCGUGGAAGCGAUCCUCUCAUAUCAACUUUUGCAAUACUUUAG